AAUUAAUUUUAUUUGAAGUUGUAUACGAUUUUCAUACAGAAAUAAUUUCCGAAAUUUGUUCCAAAAUUUCGAAUAAAUAGCUAAGACUUGCCUAGGAAUCUACUUGGAUUUUAUAUUUAAAUUAAUUGUAAAUCUUUAGCAGGAUAGUUGAUUUUUCUAAUUAGUGAUUUGCAUAUUUAAAGAGAGCAACAUUUUCAAGCUUUCAAAUACAAAGUCAUUUGUGUAAGAUAAUUUUUAAAGAUCUCGCUUACACGGAAAAGGAUAUAAAAAAAUUGCGUCAGCUAUCAGAAAUAUUAUAUAAAUUAUAUUUUACGCUUAAAUAUCUUAGACGUACAUCUUAAUGUGAAAUCUCACUGUGAAAUUUACAAAAUGUAUUACGAGAUAAAGAAUUUUUAAAACCAUAUACGGGUGUAACAAUUCAAAGAUAGUCAGAUUCAUCAAAAAGCACAAGAAAUUUAAUUGCAAAAAAUCUGCCGCUACAAUAUUUUUCAUGUUUUUUUGUACAGUAGCCAAAUACCACAGGUGAUUGUUAUGAAUUAAGAAACAUUCACUUUUUAAAUUCUUUAUAAAUUAAUCGGUUGAAAAUAAAUAAAAGAAUUCCUUUCCGGUAUGAGUUCCUUUUACACCCGAAAAAGACCUCGCAGAAUUGAUGACAUAAGAACGAAUUCUUUUGUAACUCUCGAGAAUGUUUUUUUUUAAAACAAAUUGGUUGGCAAAAGGCAGUCAUUUCACAAUUCGAUAAUUCAAAACGAAUCCUGUGCUAUCUGAUAGUUAUUGGCAAUGCUAGAAUUAAAAUAUCUAGACGAUCAGUUAAUGUGCUAAUUUUCGAUUUAUUGUUUAUUCUUUAAUCUGUGUUUUCGCUAACAUUUUAUUCAAUAUACUUAAUUAUGAAUGCAUAAUUAUUAACAUUCGACUCUCGUUUAAACUGCACGUCAUUCGUAAUGAAUUCAUAGGGGGGGGAAAAAAAUAGUUUCGCAGCGACACGUAUGACGUUAUUUUAUUAUGUAUGCCCGUUUACGAAUUGCCUCCUACGUAAGAAUAAAUGCAAAUUUUUCAGCCUCGUGCCCGCAAACAUUCGAAUAUAUUUACAUAGCGAACGGGCGAAACGGUCGAUAAUGUCUGCACUCUUCAAUUAUCCCCGUGCCCAACUUGAUCAUGAAAAUUUACCCGGGGCUAGCCCGUCUUUAAUAGUACCUCGUCGGUGUCUCCCGCGGCUCGCGUUUACGCUCGUUUUUGUUCACCGUAGACGCUCGUUACGACUCGUCCUCGCUGGUUGGUCGAGGGCCAGCUUUUUUAAUUGACCCUCUUUAACGGCCACCUCGUCAGUGUCGAUUGUUUGAAAAGGGAGAGCGACAACACGUGUACAACGUCCAAGUUGGCGGCGAAGAAUCGACGCGACUGUGCCGCAAAAGCGUGAGGGGCGCGAGCCUGCAUCUUUUGUUCCUCCGAGGUCUAUAUUCAAGGAUUCUCACUCGAGGCGUGUGUACAGUGGGCCUGGUGACUUUUUUUUACGGACCGAGGGCAGGACACGUGGUCUCGUGGUUCGAGCGUUUCGGCGCGGGGGCCCCCGGCCGGCCGCGUACGGCGCUGCGCUGCGCUGCUGAGCAUGCGCGUGGAAAAAUCCUACGAUUUGGGAUCACUGCCCUUCACUCGUCUGCGCACGGUGAAUCGUAGGUGUUAACUCUUAGGGCUCGCCACGGUUUAUUUCGCACGGCAAAAUCGCCGGCCCCUCGCCCGAGACCCAUUAAAUGCCCCCGCCGUGUAUUUCGCUCGCGCGCCCGGCGGUGUAAAUAAAAUAUGGAGACGCACGAGAGCCGAGCGCCGGAGAGGCCGCAGGAUGGAGAAUAUGGCUUCGUUUGGCAAGACUUUCUCGAUGCCACAAAGAGCGUGGAGGUCCCGCAGAUCAUGUUCCCUCACGUGGAGUUGACGUUGCAGAACAGCAUUGAGAUAGGCAUGUCCUUAGAGGUGCCGGUGCAAAAGAAUGACGACAAGGGGGAACUGUCGUACUGGGUGGCUUCCAUCGUCAUGGCCUGCGGACCCUUGCUGCGGCUGCGCUACUUCGGCGGUGACGACAGAUCCUUAGAAUUUUGGUUCAAUCUAACGAAGGAAGCCGGCCACGAGCUCGGCUGGAGUGCGAAAAACGAUAAGAAAUUAAAACCGCCGGAUGUUAUACUAGAGAGAUCACCAGACUGCGUAGACAAGCUGCACGAAUUUCUGACUACGGCACGCACACUACCGGCCGAGAUGUUGACAGGGGAUGGCCUAAGUAUGGCGGACAGGAUAAAGCAGGGUAUGAAGAUUGAGAUAAGCGAUGUGUUGCAUCCGUACAAGUUGUGGGUAGCCACGAUUAUGGAGAACGUUGGAGGACGUCUCCUAUUAAAGUACGACACUCCGGACUCCACUCGCGAAGACUUCUGGGUGUUCUGUACAUCCGAGCGUUUACAUUCGUAUGGGUUUACGUCUAAAGCGAAUUCCAUUUGGUUUCUGGAGCCACCUAGUUCAAUAAUCGAUUUACACACAUACGAAGAAUGGAAGGAUUUGCUAGAGUCUAAACCGAAAGAUUGUGAGUUGGCAGAGGAGUUGUUUAAUAACAACAUAGAGCAUUCAAAGCAUAGUUUUGAAGUUGGAAUGAAACUGGAAGCUUUGAAUCCAGCGGAUCGGAUGAAAAUUUGUCCUGCUACCGUAACGAAAGUAUUUGACGAUACAUAUUUUCUUGUGAAUAUUGAUGUACGCGCUGGAUGUAUAAACGAAUCAAACGAUACGGUUGUCUCGAACAACUCAGAAAAUAAUACAUGGCUGUGCACUGCGGAACAACCAUACAUAUUUCCAGUUGGAUGGGCGGAAAAGAAUAAUAUUAUGAUUACCCACCCACAAGGUUGGACUUCAAAGACGGGAAAUUUUGAUUGGAAUGAAUAUUUGGAAGCAUACCAUGCUAGCGCAGCGCCUGAAAACCUAUUUGGUGAACGUGCGAGUGCCAUUGAAGCAGGCUUUGAAUGUGGCAUGAGAUUGGAGGCUGUCGAUCCCGAGCACGAACAUGUAAUAUGCGCUGCCCAGAUUAACAAAAUCGUUGACAAUCUAUUGUGGAUAAAAUUAGAUAACUAUGAGUAUUUUCGACCGGAUCAUAUAGUCGAUAUGCAUUCCUUGCAAAUAUUCCCUGUCGGAUGGUGUGAGUCUAAUCACUAUCCAUUAAAGCCUCCGCACGACUACAUAGAAAUUUGUAAAAAGCUAGAAACGUCUGCAAAGGAUGAGAAGAAAACGAAUGUUUUAGAUAUACCGAUAUCUGAACCACGCUCUUCUCUAUGGUGUCCAAAGAUUUAUUUUAAUUACCGGUGCUUCACAGGCCCCAUGAUAUCAAAGGGUAAAUUAGCGACUCUUCCAAAAUCAGUGGGACCUGGACCAGUUAUACUGGUCAUGCGAGAAGUUUUAUCAAUGAUAGUGUCUGUUGGGUAUAGGAGUGCUAGAAUUUUGAAGGUUUUGCAAUGCGAUACCAAACCAGAUCCUGGCUACCACUUAGAAGUCUUGAAGGCAAAGCACAAAAAUAACACAUAUCGUGCGAGCGUGGCCAUUGUUACGUCGGGAGACAUGGUAACAGAUUUUUGCAGAAGUAUUUGUAAAAAGUUAAUGGUGUGCCCAAAUUUAUUUGGUCCGUUGCAUAUAUCGGAAACCGAAUGUCCGGACGAGUGUUAUAAAUCAUCAAAAACGAAAUUUACAGCAUCAGUUGGAACUGGAAAAAGAGGAAAGCCGAAAGGAUAUACAAGUAUCAUGGUGCAAAAACCAAAACCGUGGGGUAGAAGGCGUAAGAGGCGACGCGGCAGAUGGGCAAACAAGCAUAAAGAGGUUCACGAAGAAUACGAUCAGGAAGAUGAGAUGCCAUUUAUGUCGUUAGAUCUGGCGAAGCAUAUUUCAGGGAAUCACGUUGAAGAUACGUUCGACGGAAGGCAACCGCUCUCAGAGAUAGAUAUCAUGAUACAGAAAGGCUUAGAGAAGUCCGACAAAUCAGAUGACUUCAAAACUGAAAUAGCGUCCAGCAACGCUUCGGAGGAUUCUGGUAGUUCGUUCAACGAUAGGAAAGCUAAAGAUCGAGAACUGCCCAGUCCCUCAAAUUUGAUUUCGAAGCAACAUUCCACAAGGUUCAGUCAGGGCACGGGGAUCACUAGAGGGACUAAAAGAGAUUGGGACACGAGUAUAGAAUCCGAUUGUUCCGAGGCGGAUGCCGAGUACGUGAAGAUGCAAAAGACACAACGGCGACCGAAGACUCGAAAGCUGGAUUCAAAUCCACUGUACUGGAGCGUAGACGAUGUGUUCCGAUAUCUCAGAAAAACAAACGACUGCAAAGAUCUUGCGUAUCGCGUUAAGGAAGAGGAAAUUGAUGGUCUUGCGUUCUUGUUGCUGAAUCUUCCCUCUCUUACCCAGCAUAUGAAACUGCGAACGAGUUUAGCCAUGAAGCUAUGUCGGCAUGUGGAACAAGUCAAAGUUACAUUUUUCCUGCGUCAUAUUCACGAAGUAGAGCCCGAGCAAUAUCAAAUCGUUUAAUCAAUCUAAACAGUAAACAAAGCCUCUCUUUAUUCACAAUGCAUAUUACAUAUAGCUAUAUUAGAAUUGACAAAAUUACAUAGUACUAAAGGUUCUUCAGUUAAGUAAAUUUAUAGCUACAUCAAUAUUUAUUGUUAUUUUAUUUUUAUAGUCAAAAUACAUAAAGUUGAUCCUUUAAGGCUCAGAGGAAAGUACAAGGAUUAUGAAGAAAAGUUUUUGAUUAGCUAAUUGUGUAUAAAGUUACUAUGUGAGGUGUAUGUAUGCUCUCUCGUUUCAAAACACACCCAAUAAACGAGAAACAAAAGAAUAUUUCUCCUCAUUCGCGGACACAAUA